CACGCCCAAAUUAGAGCAGGCAGCAGCAGCACAAUAACACACUUCCCGGUUCUUUUUCAAAACCCCAGUCGCUUUCUAAAACCCUCACUCUUCCUCACUCAAUCCCUAAACCCUCUCUCUCUCUUCUUCCACCGCCACUGCCACUGCCACAAUGGCCGGAAUUGUAAAACCCCCCGGCGCUUUCCAAAUCACGCCGCACAAAGUCUCCGUCUGCAUACUCCUCCAGAUCUACGCCCCUCCCGGCCAACUCGCCGUCCCCUUCCCCUUCUCCUCCGCCGACCACCACAACCGCUUCGGCCUCUUCCUCCUCGCCCUCACCAAGUCCUACGAUGACAUUUUCGAGCCGAAAUUGGAUGAUCUGAUACAUCAGUUGAGGGAAAUCGGAGGCGUAGUCGACUAUUUCUUGAUUGACUCUCUCACCAAUAGGCUCUCUUCUCUUUUGUCUCCUGAUGAUUUGUUUAACUUCUUCAAUGAUACAAGAGGUGUCCUUGGCGGUCCGGAUGUUAUUUUGGAAGCUGACCAAGUUGUUUUGGAUCCCAAUAGCAACCUCGGCAUGUUUCUUCGCCGCUGCAUUCUUGCGUUUAAUUUACUGACCUUUGAGGGUGUAUGCCAUCUUUUGGACAGUAUAGGGACAUAUUAUAAAGAAGCACUCUCAAGUUGUUCUCCGAAUGAGGCACCUCACUUGGAUGAUCCUUCUAGGUUAUCAGAAUAUGAAAACAUGGACCUUGAGAAUUUUGUUUUUGAUAAAGUUACUGAAGAAAUGGAAGCUAGGCAAAGAGAUGGUGGAAGAGUUCCUUUUCAUCUUCAUGCACCUAAGGCACUUGUUGGACUGGUUGAAGAUAUUGAGGUUCCUGCAGCUCCAAAGCUGAAAUAUGGUGACAAACUUAGAGAAAGCUCUCAGUAUGCCUACCCUCCAAGCAAUACAUUAAAAGAUACAGAUCCCAAUGGUGGACUAUUCCUACGAACAAACUGGCAGGUGCAAGGGUUUCUACAGGAGCAAGCUGAUGCCCUCGAAAAGCAAGGGGGCACUUUCUCUUUGAAUGAUUUUGAACUUAUGCUGAGGCAGCUUCAAAACUUGGCACCUGAACUACAUCGUGUUCACUUCUUGCGUUACUUGAAUAGCUUGUCUCAUGAUGAUUAUUUUGCUGCUUUGGAGAAUCUUCACUGCUAUUUUGAUUACAGUGCAGGGAUUGAAGGAUAUGAUUUUGUUCCUCCAGCAUCUGUUUCCGAUACCUUAGGAAGGUUUGAAAUUGCCUUGCUAUUUUUGGGGAUGAUGCAUUUCCACUUUGGCCACCCAAAGCUAGCUUUGGUGGUAUUGACUGAAGCAGUUAAUGUUUCUCGGCAGCAAAGUAAUGAGACAUGCCUUGCUUACACGUUAGCUGCCAUCUGCAAUUUGUUGUCAGAAACUGGCAUCUCUUGCACAACUGGAAUACUGGGAUCAUCAUAUUCACCUCUGACCCGAAUUGGCAUUUCGCUAUCUGUCCAGCAACAACUGUUUGUUCUCUUGAGAGGGUCUCUGAAGAGAGCAGAAAAUUUGAAGUUAAAGCGAUUAGUAGCUUCCAAUCAUCUUGUGAUGGCGAAAUUCGAUUUGACGCAUGUACAAAGGCCUCUCAUUUCUUUUGGUCCCAAGGCUUCAAUGAAGCUUAAAACAAACCCAGUUAAUGUGUGCAAGGAACUUAGAUUAAGUUCUCACUUGAUUAGUGAAUUUUCCGCUGAGACUUCUUCAAUGACAAGUGAGGGUGCUUUUAGUACUGCAUGGCUUAAGAAUUUAGAGAAGCCAAUGGAUUUACAAGUUUUGUCUCAUGAAAGUGGAGGAAGCCAUACCAAUGCUUUCCAAUUCUGUGCACAACCAAGUCCAGUUCCUGCAUCUGUCUUACAGUUAGUAGGUUCUUCAUAUUUAAUCCGGGCCACAGCAUGGGAAACAUACGGAAGCACCGCACUUGCUAGAUAUAAUGCUGUAGUUCAUGCAACUUGUUUUCCUGAUGUUUCGAGCUCAUCUGACACGGCGCUAGCAUAUUUGAAGCUUAUCCAACAUCUAGCAGUUUCUAGAGGAUACAAAGAGGCAUUUAGCGCUCUGAAAAUAGCUGCUGAAAAGUUUUUGUCCGUCUCGAAGUCGCGGAUCUUGCUACUAAAACUUCAGCUGCUUCAUGAGCGUGCUUUACAUAGAGGACAUUUGAAGCUUGCUCAACAAGUAUGUGAUGAACUUGGAGUCCUGGCAUCAUCCGUGACUGGUGUGGAUAUGGAACUGAAGACAGAAGCAAGCCUUCGAAAUGCUCGUACAUUGCUUGCUGCAAACCAGUUCAGUGAGGCAGCAGCUGUAGCGCACUCCCUGUUUUGCAUGUGUUACAAAUUCAAUAUGCAAGUCGAAAAUGCCACUGUUCUUCUUUUACUAGCUGAAAUCCACAAGAAAUCAGGUAAUGCUGUAUUAGGUCUCCCAUAUGUGUUGGCUAGCCUCUCAUUCUGCCAGUCAUUUAAUUUGGAUCUUCUCAAAGCAUCAGCCACACUCACACUAGCUGAGUUGUGGCUUGCACUUGGAUCAGAUCAUGCUAAACGGGCCUUGAGCCUUAUACAUGGGGCUUUUCCUAUGCUUCUUGGUCAAGGAGGUUUGGAACUCCGUGCUCGGGCCUAUAUUGUAGAAGCAAAAUGCUAUUUAGCUGAUCCAAGUUUUUCUGUUCAUGAAAGUCCUGAUGUUGUGCUGGAUCCUCUGAAACAAGCUUCAGAGGAGCUUGAAUUGCUGGAGUACCACGAAUUGGCAGCAGAAGCUUUCUACUUAAUGGCUAUUGUCUAUGACAAACUGGAAAGACUAGAGGACAGAGAAGAGGCUGCAGCUUCAUUCAAGAAUCACAUUUUAGCCCUUGAGAACCCUCAGGAUGAGGAAGAUCCUCUGAUCGACAUGUUUUGAAGGCGACAUUGAUGUUUGUAUAUUCAUGUCUGUAUAGAUUACCUAAAAUGUGCUUAUAAAGAACAGAUUUUUUUGGGACAUUUUAAGUAGAUAGAAUCAAGUGACCACACAGGUAUUAGGUCAUUUCUAAGGAUCUUCCAACCUUUUGUUACUAUUUGGGAACUGCUUCUUCAAAGGUUCGCCUAUCUCUAAGCAAUUAGACAUAGUAUUGUAUCAUCUGGUGAUCAUUUUUUUCUUGAGAUUAAACCA